UUUUCAUGACACGCGCGGUAGAUAGAAGUAGCAUACAAUAUUCGUCGACGCAAGCGCACGUGUGCCUGUAGUCCAAACAAUACUUUUGUCGUUAGUAGUGGCUGUUAUAAUAUUAGUAGAAUUCGUAUCGUCAUCUCUGCCGGAUACACGAUCAGCAGCACUGUUACUACCUAGUACAAACGUCAUUAAAAGUUUCGUUUGAAAUUAUUUGAAUUUUAUGAUGAAUAAAACGUUUGUCAUUUUCUGCCAAUAUCGUGUUUGCAUAGAAUUAUAGAUUUUUCUUUUGAAUCGUUUCAUGCGUAAGUUUUAUCGAGAGAAAUAAAGAAAGGAAAACGUGAAAUUUCUUUUAUAUUAUAACGACUAUAUCAUAUUGUCCAUUUCCUAAUCGAUAGAGGCGCGAACACCGAUUGCAGCGCUUGAUGUGGAACAAGUGGCAGUACGAUAUCGUCAUUGCUCGUCAACGAUAGUCACUGUUCGUCAGGGUGCAUUUACUUGGUGCCUUUAAGAUGUGCCGUUAUAUGAUAGUGCACGAUGUCUUAUCUUUUUGACCGAAUGAUACUCGUGCUUAAAACAGAGAGUAUGACGUGGCGCGGUUUAACCGAGCCAAGAGAAGAGGACAGACGUAGGUACGGAUGAAGCACAAGAAGGGUAACGAGGACGAGGAGGAGGAGGAAGAAGAAGAAGAAGAAGACGGAGAAGCGAACGGUGAAGAAGAAGGAGAAGAAGAAGAAGAAAAAGAAGAAGGAAACAAAAGAAAAGUGAUUCAUCUAGUACUUGAAGAUCCUGAUAUUUUAUCAUCAGCCAAUGUAUUAAUAUCAUCAUCAUCGUCAUCAUCAUCGUCAUCGUCGUCGUCGUCGUCGUCGUCGUCGUCGGCUAAUCAAUACAUUUGAUGCUGAGCGAAAAGAGAUACGAAGACGACUCAACACUGGCGGACGGGGAACGUAAUGGAAGCGCCGUGGUCACGGGCCCGGUGCUAUCGUCGUCGUCGUCGUGCACGGUGCCCUACAUCGGCACCGACCAGGGUUUCGUGUUCGAGGGUGGCGGCACGACGACGUUGCAGCGGGCUGGUGCAGUCGGUACAUCUGUCACUAGCUGCACCGGUGGAGGAGGAGGAGGAAUUGGAACCGGAAUUCUUGGUAUCGGUUCAGGUAACGUUGGUUUAGGGAUUAACAUGGGCGGUGGAAUGACCGGAGGUGGGAUUGCCAUUGUUGGCGGAGGAAAAAUUGGCGGAGGAGGAGGAGGAGGUGGAUUGAACAAAGAAGUACGUUACGCACCUUUCUCAUCAUCCAUAGGACCAACGGGUUCUAUGGGGCCGGUUAAUCUUCCGCCAUCACCUUUGCCACCGCCUUUGCCACCGCCACUGCCACCACCGCCGCCGCCGCCGCCGCCACCGCCGCCGCCGCCCUUGCCGCUACAGAUGCAGCAGCAACGUGCCUAUUCGAGGUCGAUGACGUCCCUACCGCCUGAGCCGUUCAUGAUCAUGAGAUCUAAAGCUCUUAAUCGACGGGUAUCGAUCAACGUCGGUGGUGUUAAGCACGAGGUACUAUGGCGUACCCUUGAAAGAUUACCCCACACACGUUUGGGACGAUUGAAAGAUUGCAACACGCACGAGGCGAUCACCGAACUAUGCGAUGAUUAUUCUCUAAUCGAUAACGAAUAUUUUUUUGAUCGACACCCGAAAUCAUUUAGCUCUAUAUUGAAUUUCUAUCGUACCGGGAAGCUACAUCUUGUAGACGAGAUGUGCGUGUUGGCGUUCAGUGACGAUCUCGAGUACUGGGGUGUCGACGAGCUUUAUCUGGAAAGUUGUUGCCAACACAAGUAUCAUCAACGAAAGGAACACGUGCACGAGGAGAUGCGCAAAGAGGCGGAAUCGUUGAGACAAAGGGAAGAGGAGGAGUUCGGUGAAGGACAGUGCGCGCAAUAUCAGAAGUGGCUUUGGGAUUUAUUGGAGAAACCGACCACCUCCAUCGCUGCAAGGGUGAUAGCUGUGAUAUCAAUACUCUUUAUUGUGCUUUCGACGAUCGCACUAACUCUCAACACCAUUCCUAGUAUGCAAGUGAAUGAUGAGAAGGGGAACUUUCAAGACAAUCCGCAGCUCGCCAUGGUGGAGGCAGUAUGCAUCACAUGGUUUACACUCGAGUACGUGCUUAGGUUCAGUGCGUCGCCGGACAAGUGGAAGUUCUUCAAGGGCGGUCUAAACGUGAUCGACCUGUUGGCAAUACUGCCGUACUACGUAUCUCUGUUCCUGGUCGAGACGAACAAGAACGCGACCGACCAGUUCCAGGACGUGCGCAGGGUAGUGCAAAUCUUUCGUAUAAUGCGGAUCCUGAGGAUCCUGAAGCUGGCCCGCCACUCGACCGGGCUGCAGAGCCUUGGCUUCACAUUACGUAAUUCGUAUAAGGAGCUGGGCCUGCUGAUGCUCUUCCUGGCGAUGGGCGUCCUCAUAUUCUCGAGUCUCGCUUACUUCGCUGAAAAGGAGGAGCCCGGGACCAAAUUCAUAAGCAUUCCUGAAACAUUCUGGUGGGCGGGCAUCACAAUGACCACCGUCGGAUACGGCGACAUCUACCCCACGACCCCGCUCGGCAAGGUGAUCGGCAGUGUGUGUUGUAUAUGUGGUGUCCUGGUAAUCGCGUUGCCCAUUCCCAUUAUCGUUAACAACUUUGCCGAGUUCUACAAGAAUCAGAUGAGACGGGAGAAAGCCCUUAAGAGGCGGGAGGCUCUCGAGAGGGCUAAAAGAGAGGGCAGCAUCGUAUCCUUUCAUCACAUUAAUCUGAGGGACGCCUUCGCCAAAAGCAUGGAUCUCAUCGAUGUCAUCGUCGAUACUGGUCACAAUAUGUCCGGCGUGGAUGGUAACAGCACCGAGGGAGAAUCCGCUUGCGGACGUGGUCCUGCCCAAACCGGGCCAGGCUGUUAUCGUAACUAUGAGCAUUACAGUCUCUCACGACAUCGUCGCAGUGCCUCGUCCUGCUUCCCAAAUUUGCCUAACGAUCUACCCACUACACCGGACAGUCCUAAUCGUCGUCUAUUGGACUUCGCUCAAAGCGUGCCUGGAACACAGAACGACGAAUACUUCCAGGACGAUGUACCGGCGCAGCAUGUGAAUCAAGGCAAUACUACACCUAGCGAUGAAGAGAAAAAAGACAGCAGAAAAUUCGAGAAAAAUGAUGAAAUACCUAGCGAAUUCGAGUGUUGCUUUUGUACUACGAAGGAAUACAAAGACUUCAGAGACGCGGAAAAUAUAAUGCCACUGGCGACCAGCGACUUUCGUAAUCCCAUCUGCCAAGAGAUGAAGGCGAUGAGAUCCGCUGCAGCAGCUGAGCAAGCUGCUCAGACAAUUUUCAACGAGACCAAGGUAUCUCCACCUCAGGCAGUGGACAUCUCGUGCUACGGAAGGAUAUAUAACGAACAAGGAAGCGUAGACAGCUCUGAUACGUAUGCCAGCUGUCAAACACAUCCGUCUCAUUCGCAGGGUGAUUUGACCGAGGAGGUGGACAGCAAUCUAUACGUAAACCCUCUGGAAGCUGCGGAGAAGUGUGGGAAUAACAGGGUAAAGAAAUCUGCUUCUGGUGAUGUCGGCCGUAACGUCGCCGACGCUUCACCAAGCGUCGAAUCUUUAAAGGAUAUCCGCCCUUUGAACGAGGGUAGCAAGGUUACCUUGAACGACACAGUACCCAAGCAUAGGAAGAUCCGUAUUCAACAGAGCGUAAGAUCGCGUGCACAAUUUAUCAGCGACCAGGAGAGCAUGAUGAAUCGUAAUAUCAUGAAAGAAGGCAUCGCGGAGAACAAUUACUAUGGAGGACUCCGUGGAGGUAGACCAUUUGCAACGACCAAUAGCGGUCUGGUAUCAGCUACGAAAAUUCUAAACCAUCAUCUCUUUGGAACUGGCACUGGACCCAGACAUUACACAGGUCAACGAAGGCAAAUUUCAGGAACGAACACCGAAAGCAAACUUUCCUUGUCCGCUGAUUCAAUCGACAGCGAGAGUGUGUCUUUCAUAGACAAGAAAGUAUCGAAAUCGAUUCUAAAAAAGUCCGAAAGCAGCAAUAAUUAUUAUAACAACGCUGACGAUUCAGACACGGAGAAAUUAAUUACCGAUAACGCGUCAACGAUAACGAUGUGCGACAACGAGACCAACACCUGCGACAUUUUCACCAACGUGAACGGAACGAGACUGAAACAACCUAUUUCACCGUUGCUCUCUAAACAAGUACUCGAGUCUAUCUUUCGUACGAACAAUAACAUCGACAAAGAGAAUGAAGUGGAUCAGAGCGAAGAGAAGAACCGUGUCUCAAAGAUGAGCAGGUCGAUAUUCGAUGACGUCCUUCAAGAAAAGCACGCACAAGACGAGACAAUGACUGAGAAUAAGAACAAAGAAGAGAGGAGAAAAUCAAAAACAAAAACGGAAGAGGUAUCAAAGGACAAUCAAACGAUGCUGAUAUGCUCGUUACGUCCGUACAAAGCAAAGAAAUUAAGCUCCGAUGAAAAACGAAAAGCCAAAAGUACCGGCCACACUGGCACAACCACCACCGACACCAAUUGUCUUCCUCAGGAACACCGUUUCUCGUCGUAGCGUAACUUUUUUUCUUUCUUCUUCGAACUAGCAUCCUCCUAUGUCCACGCAUGUAGAUACAAUCACAUCGCGGUAUUGUCUUCUCUUUUAUAAAACACCAUUCUGUUGUCUCUUCGUAAUAAAAUCAUAAUGUCCGUUGGGGCUGAGAUGUCUGUAUUCGGAUGCAAUGUUUAUCCAGUAAGUAUAUCGUGUAAAUAUAAGGGAGAAAAACAAAAGCAACAAACGCGUAUAAUUUUAAGACGGUGAUAUAUAGACGUUAAAUAAUUAAAUUUAAUAAAACGAUAUACGCAACGUGAAGAGAUACGUAUUUUCGGAAAGAAACUAGGAUUACGAAACGCCUAUAAUUACACUGUACUUACAGUGUUCUCAAGAGAAACAAAUCGAACUAAUAAUAAGAGAAGUAUGUCGGAUAAGAGAAAAUUAUUCAAGAAACCUGCAACCCCAAUUAUAAUAAAACAGCGACAAAAUUAUAGACUACACUUUAUCAAUUUCAACGAUCUUGAUACAUAUUAUAGUGAUUGAUUAAUCUCCUGAGAAAUUUUAUGUAUACGUAUAAACAUUAUUUACUAUAAAAAAAUUUUCAAUUUUCCAUAUGACCGAAGGGUUGCUUAUGGGUUCCCUUAGGAGCACAAUGAUGCUAGUCAAAAAUUACAGAUGUAAGAAUAAUGCAAAUGAUAAUAACGAUGAAGAUGAUAACAUGAAAGAUUCUAUGAUGACGUGGAUGCUGAUAUUGAUGAUAAUGAUGAGACGACGACGACGACGACGACGAUGAUGAUGAUAAUAAUAGCAAAUAAUGAAUCUUUAGGCAAUAUGCUUUACUCGUUUGCUGAGAAAGAGACAUAAAUUAUAAAUAAUCUAGCCAUACAGCACUGUUACUUCCUCCUUACGCCUAAUCUUGUCAAAUUAGGACAGCUUUGCGUGUCGCGAAAAGUACAUAUGUAUACAUGGCAUACAAAUAGCAUAGUAAACAAGCGAUCAGUUUACAUCGAUUAAACAUCAUUGUCGAGAAACGAAACGUUUACAAAAUUAAUCAGCACACUUAGUCUUUCGAUUAUGUAUUGUUCAAAAUGACAGUGUUCGUUCGUCUGCUAAUUGUAAAUGUUUUACUAUACAAUUAGAGAGGAUAUAAUAGGACACGCGAAGCCUCGUUAAAAUCAAAUUAAACAACGUGUUUAGAACAACGUGAGAACGUAGAUAAUUAAAAACUCGACGAUAACUGCCCCUUUCUCAAGUUCCGAUCUUAAUAUCAAGCAACUAAUAAUUUUCUCUUCGCUAUAUUAAACAGUUGCCGGUGUAUUUUUUUUCUUUUUUUUUUUU